GAAACAUUAUACGUGUUUCAGAAAUAGAGAAGAAUCGAAAUGGUAAUUUGAAGUGUUCUUAGUACUGAGUGUAGUACUCUACGAGCGAAUUACUUUUCAGGUACAGGUAGGUAGCAUUUGUAGCUAAAUUCAUAUACAGUCCAGUUUCUACGUUCGUGGGAAUCUUGUUCUCAAUCAACAAGCAAGUCCUGCUGUUGGUGUAGUCUUUUCUAUACUUCAGCAGCGAGGUAAGCAUGCAAAACUCUGAAAAGGAAACCCCAGAAAAAUCAAAAGCAUAUCCAACGAUAGCAGUAGGAGGAGCAAUCGUCGCUGGUAUUUGGGCUGUGUGGCGAUUCCGGAGGUUUGAAACAGUUCACGAUAUCCCUAAAUCUCUUUUCCCUAAUAAAGGGUCGGAUCGAUCUCAAAGAUUUCGAUCACUAUUUGGCUAUGUUACACGAGUUGGUGAUGGAGAUAACUUUCGUUUUUACCAUACGCCGGGAGGAUACUGGCUAGGAUGGCGCUGGUUGCGUAAAGUGCCUACCUCACGGUCUGGUUUAGCUUCCAAGACAAUUUCUGUUCGACUAGCCGGCGUGGAUGCACCAGAAUCUGGCCACUUUGGAAAAAAAGCCCAACCCUUUUCCUUGGAGGCCAAACAAUAUCUGUCGAAGACGUUGUUGCAUAAAAACGUACGCAUAAUUCCACUGAAGGUUGAUCAAUACUCGAGACUCGUGGCCGGCGUACAGUACUAUCCAAUUUCCCAUUUUUUUUGGAAAAGAGACAUUGGUCCGGCUAUGGUCCAAAAGGGAUUGGCCGUUGUGUAUGAUGGAACGGAUGGAGUCUUUUAUCCAACGUCGAAGGAACAAUUGCUUUCUCUUGAGAAGAAAGCAAAGAAGAAGAAACUUUGCCUUUGGUCUCAGGGAAACCGGGUGGUACUUCCUUCGGAGUACAAGCGCAACAGUUAAAUUUCCAUAACCAUCGUUUCUGCUAUCCUUACAUAUAUCUUCUUGAAUUCAAUAUUCGCAAAAAGCGUCAUGGUUCAUUUUCCGCAAAUAUCAACGAUCGUUUAUGUUCGAAGUAAAUCACUAAUUAACUAGCUUUUCUCUUUACUUAGUUGAUUUAUUUACUAUUUUACUACUACUGAACUAUUCUACCUUUUGUUUACAUAAUAACGAAAGCUACCAAGGGAACACUAUCCGACACUAUGUGAUGCUUGAUUUCCAUACUAACGCUUUACGAACCUCCGUAAAGAUCAGAUACUUACCAUAAACAGUACAAACUCAAAUUGUAAACGAUAGCUUUUAGUUAAUACUUUAUUCUUAAUUUAAUUUAAAGAAAGUCACGU